UUUUUUGACAGCUAGUACGCCUGCGCGGCGGCUGGAAACGCAUGCGCAGUGGAAUCCAAAACCGUGGCUGCCGUCUCCAUAUAAGAAGCUAUAAGCGGAGGGAAUCCCGCGCUAGGAUGACUGGCAGGUUCGGGGAGGCGGAAUCGGGCGCCCAGCUUCUUGCACGACUCGAGGGCAGAGGUUCGCUGAAAGAUCUUGAACCUUGUCUGUUUGCUGAAGAAGGAUAUCCCAUUCCUGGAGAUAUUAUUGAAUGCUAUGGCCCAGAAGGGACAGGAAAAACAGAAAUGUUCUACCAUCUUAUUGCCCGUUGCAUUCUUCCAAAAUCGAGAGGUGGUUUGGAAGUUGGCUUACUUUUUAUUGACACGGACUUUCACUUUGACAUGCUGCGCUUAGUGACUAUUCUGGAACACAGGUCAUCCCAAGGCACAGAAGAUAUGAUAAAGCAGUGUCUGGGGAGGUUUUUUCUUGUUAAUUGCAGCAGCAGCUCUCAGUUGCUUCUCACCCUUUAUUCUCUGGAAAACAUGUUUUGCUCUCACCCUUCGCUCUGCCUCCUGAUUAUUGACAGCAUAUCUGCUUUUUAUUGGAUUGAUAGAGUCAAUGGAGGGGAGAGCAUUAGUCUGCAGGAAGCAAACUUAAGGAGAUGUGCUCAGUUCCUUGAGAAGCUUGUCAGAGAGCAUCAUUUAGUUUUGUUUGCAACAACUCAAGCAAUUAUGCAGAAAUCACUGAAUGCUAUUGAAAGCUCCAGAAAACGCAACAGUGAUGGAGACGUGGAUUACCGGCCUUACCUCUGCAAGUCAUGGCAACAGAUGAUAACCCAUCGGAUCUUUUUCUCCAAACAGUGCAAUCCAGACAACACCCAAAGUUUUUCUAUUACUGCUUGUCAUAUCAGAAACAACUCAGUGAUAAAACGCUCAUUUAGCAUUUUGGAAAAUGGGGUCCAGUUUUAACAGUGGACUACUUUGAAAAGGGACUGUUGACACCAUAGUAAAAUCCAUUUAAACAUUGUAUACUGUUUUGUAAAAUAAUAACUUUUAUAUGUUUAUACUGGUGUUUCUUAAAACAUUGUUUUAAAAGCCACAAGAUUGUCAUUUUUGUAACUGCAAGAAUUCAGAUUGAUAGUUGUAAAGUAUUGAAGUUUAAUGUAAAAAUUCCGCUAUGUAAAUCUAAUUAAACAUUGCUUGGUUUUAAUGCCAAUCUUCCAGCAGUGGAUGCUGGUUAUGGGCCUAGUACUGUAUACUUCAAGCUUGAGUCUAUUGGUUAAAUAGGAUUAUAUUAGUACAUUUAAGUAUGCUGUGCAUGAUAAACACUUGAACAUAACAGUCAGCCCUCCACAUUUUUGGGAGCUACACUUUUAUGAAAGUGGGAAAACUGCAUAUAAAAGAACACCCUUUAUUGGCAUGAAUAUCUCUCUAGAAAUCUCUAGGUCCUGUAGCAACACUCUGGUCAAUUUACACCAGAAGCUGACCAUAGAAUCAUAUUAAAGGACCUAGAGUUUCUUAGAAAAAAACACAAUCAGGUCUAUAAAAGCCAAACUUACAAGGGAGGAUCAACUACAGUUGAAAAAGGGCAGAGUAUGUUCUACUUCUCCUGUUAAAUAGCUUGCUUUUAAUCUACUGUGUCAGGUUCCAGCUAAGUAUCAAUCAAUAUGGAAAUGAACAAUAUUGAAUUGAAUGGGAGUUUCUUCUUUAUAUCAGUGUGUAAAAAUUCACUCACCUGGGUUUACACUGGAGUAUAUUCUCUAAUCCAGCCUUUGGGUUGUGUUGCAGUUCUAAAUAUUGAAAACCACACAAAAAGAGAACAAAUAAACGAAGUUCUUUGAAGAAGAA